AGAACUGUUCAUGCAUCUGUGGUGAGGACCAGAUAUAUUUACUUUUUCUUCCUUUAAGAAGCAACCCAGUCUGGAAGCUGAAGUUAAUUUCCAUUUCCAAGAGGCAACUGAAGGACAUUCUGGGGAGGCAGAUUCUUUUAGCUUGGCAAGUUGCUAUGGCCAGACCACAAAUGAUGGCUCCCAUUUGUCUGGUGGAGAACCACAAGGACCAGCUGUCUGUGAACGAAGCAGCCAUCGAGAUUCUGGACAACAUUUCCCAGCCAGUGGUAGUUGUGGCUAUUGUUGGAUUGUACCGUACAGGGGAGUCCUAUCUGAUGAAUCGUCUGGCAGGACAGAAUCAUGGGUUCCCUCUGGGUUCCACUGUGCAGUCUAAAACCAAGGGCAUCUGGAUGUGGUGUGUGCCACACCCCACCAAGCCAAAGCACACUCUGGUCCUCCUGGACUCUGAGGGCCUGGGCGAUGUGGAAAAGGGGGACUCUAAGAAUGACUCAUGGAUCUUUGCCCUGGCUGUGCUUCUGAGCAGCACCUUUGUCUACAACAGCAUGGGCACCAUCAACCACCAGGCCCUGGAGCAACUGCAUUACGUCACAGAACUCACUGACCUGAUCAGGGCAAAGUCUUCCCCAAAUCCUGAUGGAAUCAAGAAUUCCACAGAGUUUGUGAGUUUCUUCCCAGACUUCAUCUGGACUGUUCGGGAUUUCAUGCUGGAGCUGGAGAUAGAUGGAGAGAGCGUCACGGAGGAUGAGUACCUGGAGAAUGCACUGAAGCUGAUCCCAGGUGACGAUCCCAGAAUCCAAGCAUCCAAUCUGCCCAGGGAGUGUAUCAGACGUUUUUUUCCUAAUCGGAAAUGUUUUGUCUUUGACAAACCAGUGCGCAACAAAGCACUUUUACGCAAACUUGAGACUACCUCAGAAGAUCAACUGGAUCCCAUGUUCCAGGAACAAACAAGGGCGUUUGUUUCUUUCAUCUUCACCCAUGCAAAGAUCAAGAUGCUCAGAGAGGGAAUUAAGGUCAAUGGGAAUCGACUGGGGACUCUGGUGAUAACCUACGUAGAUAUCAUCAACAGUGGAGCUGUGCCUUGUCUGGAUGAUGCGGUGACAACUCUGGCCCAGCGUGAGAACUCAGCAGCUGUGCAGAAGGCAGCUGAGUACUACAGUGAGCAGAUGGGCCAGCAACUGAGUAUCCCCACAGACACGCUCCAGGAGCUGCUGGGUGUGCACACAGCCUGUGAGAAGGAAGCCAUUGCUGUCUUCCUGGAGCACUCCUUCAAGGAUGCAAACCAGCAAUUCCAGAAGAAGCUGCUGGAAUUAAUAGAUGAGAAGAAAAGGAUGUUCAUGUUAAAGAAUGAAGAAGCAUCAGGUCAAUGCUGCCAGGAAGAACUCAAUCGGCUUUCAAAGGUUUUUAUGGAAAAUAUAUCAACAUUUUUUGUUCCUGGAGGACACGGGCUCUACCUGGAAAUGAGGGGGAAGAUUGAGCAUGACUAUUGGCAGGUGCCCCGGAAAGGGGUGAAGGCAAGUGAAGUCUUCCAGAGAUUUCUGCAGUCACAGGCCACCAUUGAGAAUUCCGUCCUGAAGGCAGAUACAGCCUUAACUGCUGGGGAGGAAGUCAUUGCAGAGGAGCAGGCACAGAAGGAGGCAGCUGAGAAGGAACAGGAGCUGCUAAGACAGAAGCAGGAGGAGCAACAGCAACUGAUAGAGGCUCAAGAAAGAAGUCACAAGGAAAACCAUGAGCAACUGAGAAUUAAGCUGAUACAUGAAAGCGAUCAGCUCAUUGAAGACCUUAAAGUAAUUCUGGAGAAUCAGCUGCAGCAUCAAAAGAAUUGGCUUGAAGAAGGAUUUAAGAAGAAAUCUGAGGAAAUGUGUGGAGAAAUACAGCGGUUGAAAUCUGACAUUGAGGAAAUGGAAAGAACAGCAGCUCCAUUAUGUACACUAUUAUAA